AUGUCAUUCUGGAGUUCCUACCGAUCCCUAUCGCCCAAAACGCGCGCCCUGUUCGGAGUGGGCCUCAUGGCCUGGGCGUCGAUUGGACUCUGGAUGUCGCCGCAGGUGGAGGACGUAAUGGGGAUGAAGGCCACGGCGGCGGAGCAGGAGGAGCUGGAUCGGAAAUUGGCGCUCCGGGUGUCUAGGGUUGAGAAGGAGGGGAAGUGA